GCUCGCUCAGUCCGCGUCUGACCACGGGGGACGUGCGUCGCUACGUACGAGAUUCACGUCGACCGAUUCGCUAACCUUGCACACACAUCGCAUCUUUCGUGGGACGCCUUCAGUGCGACUCGUACCGGAUAAUUUGACGAACUGUAAACAGAUCACGACCUCCUUUAAUGUACUUUACACAGACCGGUCCCGAACUUGACCUGUGAUUGUUUUUCCGAACUGUCAGUGCGCGUGUUGUGCUUUAUCGAUAACAUAACCUGUACCGCUUCAAGGGCGCAGGGGACUCGAUACCUGGUGUUUGGAUGCGGUGGAGCAGAGUAAUGCGAAUGGGUCUAGUCUAGUUGAUCUUGUAAAAUAUAAGUGGGCGUAUUCGAAAGUUUGAAAAUCGAUCGGGUGACGUGCGUGCGUGGGAUUGCGUUUACGUAAUCUUUGUUUACCUUGGGAAUAUGCACUGUGGUGACUGCUUGCUGUGAUUCCUGCGGCCUGCUGUACCUACUCCUGCUACAUUCGAGACUCCCAACCUUACACGUUGUGGAUUGCUGGCAUCACAGAAAUAUAUUAUCGAAGAUUAUGGGCCAGUGUGAUCAAUCAACAUAAACAGCAAUUUAAGGAAAAUCAUAUCCAGGAGUCUGGAAUGAUCCAAACUACUAAACAGUACCGACCUCCUGAUCGGAUGUCUAGGCGGUGGGCGUGAGAUGGCACGCGCGGGCAUGCUGCACAGGGGAAAAAAUGGAGCAGAAGGGUGCGAUGACGUGCAACGGUCGCUUGAGCUGCUGGACCAGGUGCUGAGCGAGUACGACGAGGGCGGGGAGCCGCCGUCUCUGGAGGCGCGAGCGGCGCCGCCCACGCCGGCUACGCCUGCCACGCCGGCCACGCCAGCCACGCCGGCCACCGACGACGACUCGCCGCUCGCCGGGCACACCUCCGAGGACGAUGGAUACAUGAGCAUGAACGGCAGAAGGGCGAAGUUCGCGUUGGGUUUCCGUCCGACGGAGGAGCACGAAGAGCCGUCGCCGCCGGACCCGCCGUCGCCGCGCUCGCCACCACCGCCCGAGGAGGCGGAGAGGAUCAUCUCUACAUUGCUCCCAAAGGUGUCUCCAGCGAAUUCAGCUAAGCGAAUUAUUUCAAUUGAACAGCGAGAAGCGGAAGAGAAACUGGAUUCAAUCAUCAGCGUCAAUGGAAUCACAACCGCAACGCAAACUACAUUCCCAAAAACAAGGCACCAACGUCCCUACGGCUGGGAGAAAGAUGACGACACCAACGGGUUCCACUUGCAGCAGCCACCAGCAACUGCGUACCGCUUCGCCUCCCUCCAGCACGGCGCGCGGCCGCCUCCGCCCGAAGCCCCGUCGUGGCUCCCUCCAAGACCUCCAAACCAAAAGAUAUCGCCCAGCGUAGAGAAACCGCCAGUCUUCCCCUUCAUGGGUUUCUCCAGCGAAUUCAGCGACAAACCGUAUAACGAACAUCCCGUCACAAUAUACCCCGGACCGAACAUCCAAUACAACAAGUCACAUUCUCCGACGUACAACAUUCAAAAGAUAUCACCUUCGAACACAAAGAAAGGUAGCAUGAAACGUGACAGCCGGUCCGAUGAGAUGCUGUCGCCUAAGUGCAAGAUACCUCCGCGGACUCUCGCCGGUUCUAUGGAGAGGCAUAGAGAAGUGUGUAGAGGCUCUUCGGAGGAUGUCAUGGAGGGCUGCCGGAGCAGAGGCACCGACGAGGAACACUUCUCGGACGACUCGCUGGAAGAGUCGUUCCCGCCGCCGCCGCCCACCGCGACCACGCCUUCGAAACGAAACUCCAUUGCUUGGGAGGUUUCCCUCGAUGGUGAUGACCCUCUACUCACUCCUGGAAGCACUAAGGUUAUUGGCAGGCGAAGAAGAAAAUCAGGUGACCAAUCACAUUCAAGUACAAGUUCAAUACCACAACGAGUGGAUGAUGAUUGGGGUGAAGAAUACUGGCCUCCUCCGCCGCCAAUAGCCGCGUGCGAACCUCUCGCUUCCCCCUCCUCCGACGCCGAGCAAGACUCUCGGCGCGCACAAGAUCUGGCCUCCGGGACCUACGUCAUACGAAAGGGAAAGAAUCGCAAACAGUUACCCAGUUUCAAUAAAAACGCAUCCAAUAAACCUUCCAAUAUCAGUCAUCUAACACACAGUCACAGCCUAAACAGAAGUUUAGACACAGAGAGGUCAAUAGAUGGCUCUAGUAUAUCAAUAAGUGGAUCAGGCUCCGUAGGUUCAUAUAACUCGAGACCUAGUUCGGAUUUGAGUUUACCUCAAUCUCGAUACAGUGUAGAUCUCAACUCGAGAUUAAGUCGUGAACUCAAUACGCCUAAUUCUAGGUAUAGCAUAGAUCUCUGCACACCAAAUUCUAGACUGAGCAAAGAAAUAACGUCGCCCAAAUCAAGACUUAGCUUAGAUCUUAACAAUGGACCCGAUAGAUACAUUACACAGGAAUAUUUCGGCCAUAGCCCUAAAAGUAGAAAAGUACCUAGUGAUAAGAGCGCAAUUUCUAAAAAUAAUGUGGUGCAAAGUAAGCUGUCACCCCAAAACAGGUUCACUGAUUUCAAAAAAUAUUCUUCGACCUUCGAUAAUAUACAAUCUCUUAUAAAAGAAGGAAAGGUUGAGGAGGCGCCACCGCCUGAAUGUAACGAGACCGUCAAUGAACUGACAAUGGUGCCUCCGAACAUGGUGAGAGUAGUUUCACUGCCAAGUUUAGGAGGAGAAGGAGAGAGCAACAGUGCUAGUCGACAAGCUCUCAUAACUACUGUCGAAGAGGAAGAGGAUCAAGAAAGCGGCGAACCUGAAUCUAGCGGGGAGACAUCUCCUUUGCGGAAAAUUGAAAACAAUAUUAGCGCUAUACUUAGUCAAGGUCGGGACCAAAAACAUUUUACCCCAUACAUACCUAAAGACUGGAAUAUCCAUAAGGAUGAAUACUGUGAUGAUGUGUCUAAAGAUAUAUUAGAUAACAAUUACCGUUAUAGUUCUAGAGAGAGACAAAAGAGACAUGAUAUACAAAAAUCUUCGAGUCAUAAUGAGAUUCAGAAUCAGAGGUCGAUGGAGCGUCGCGACCGUUCGUCUUCAGGGCGAAGGUCUAAUAGUAUGCAUAAAUCGACGAGUGCGAAGGAUGUGCCCGUCAGCUUAAUGCGUCAGCCUUCAUCAUCAGACUCUGCGGUGUCGAGUGGUGGCGACUUCCCUCUGAAUGUUCAAAUAGUUGAGCAUUCAUACAGACAUCACCCCUUGCCUCCGUCGCCUAACAUGGGCCACGAGAUGGGACCACUGCCACAGACACCGGAGUCCCCGAAAUUCCCUCCUCUUCCACCAUCGCCUGUGCAAGAGGUUGAGGAUGAAUAUACAGAAAUCAUGCAACCUACAGAAAAGCGGCACUCAAAGAAAGCUGACACGCUACCAACACCUACCAUGGAUUCAAGAAGAAGGCCUUCAGAACCCCCAGCGGUGCCACCGCAUCGCGACACUACGAAUAGCCUCAAGACGCGGUCUAUGGAAACAAGUUACAAUAAGAAUAGGAGAAGUAGUAACCAUAAUUUCAAGAGCGGGUCCACUGAUAGAAGAACAUUACCUACAGAUAUUGGUGCAAGCGGAGCUCGACGACGAACACUACAACGACAAAACAGGGAGGCGGCGGCCGCCGGCCGGGGCCCUUUACAGACCUCGGCCAGCCUGCCCGAAACACCUGUCUUCGCACGAGGCUGCGACGUCCCUAGGACUCCUCCUAGGAACUCCUCUACGGGGCCGCCGAGAAACAACACCAUGAACUCUAUACAAUCAAUAGGGAGCAGUGCGACUCUCGGAGGUUACGGGCGCGGAUCGCUCAUGGGCGCUUCGCCGGGCGUAUGCACAGGCGCUGACUUGCUGCGGCUAGGCGGACCUCCACGCGGCUGGUACCCUCGACAACGACACCGGCCGGCUUCUAUCGAGCACCUGGACAGACUAACGGCCUCAAAGACGACGGCGGAGCACCCGGCGCCUUGGGAGGGCCCGGGCUCCCGCAAACCCCUGACGCUGCCGCCCAACCUCACGCCCAAGUUCUUCCAGAAGUCCCCGAGGGAAGCCCUCAGGAGGGUCACCAGCUUACUAAUACGAAAAGGGAACAACGGGAAGGAGAAAGAAAACGCACGAAGCAAGGAAGCCACGUCGCCCGCAGCCCGCUCCGCCAACGGAGAGGAGCAUCCCGGCCAGAAACAACGGAAAGGAUUCUUCAGGAGCCUAUGGAAAAAAUCUCGUCACUACUCAUUAGAGCAUCCGUGAUGCGCUAACAGACUUUUGAUACUAAUACGAAUCGGAAAAAUAUUUCAUAAGAAACCUUUGGAAAAUGAUGCUAAUAGGACAACCUUAAACUUCUUCUAGUACCUCCUACUAUAGAGCUGCAAGUGAGAUAGGAACUGAACGUUCCAUGCACAUAUUGUAAGUGAAUAUACCAACUUUUCUGGCAUUGUGUCACACAAAAUGUAUUUUAUACUUUCAAAUCACCAAGUUCAUUAAUUAAGCUUUAGGACAUAUUUGUGAAUAAUACGGCGUUGGAUUUGGGUAUAAUGAAUUACCUAUAAGAAAAAAAUAACAAAUUUAUUUUUGAGAUAAAUAAAGCCUACUCGGCUUUGUAUGCUUGCAUGUUCAAUGAUCAACAAAUAAUCAAGAUUGACGUGUUAGCUUGUUGAAAUCGCGUGUUAUGUUUGUGUUAAAUCGAAAUGUAUAGCAGUAUCAUUAAUUUGUCUAAUAUUAUUGUAUUCAACGCAUAAUUUAUUUGUAAGAUCGCAUGUAUUUCAAUCAAAAACUAAAUUUUCCUUUUGAAUAGCUAAAGUGUAGAAAUGUAGAUAACCACGUAGCAUGUACGUACAAUAAGUUUCGGUUAUAAAACCCAUGUCAGUUAGAGUUCAGAUAAAAGUUUUGGAUCUACAUUUAUAUUCACAAUAAAAAUAUCACAUGAUAAGAGUUUACACACUGAAUUUUCCACGUUUUCUUUAUAACCACAUAAUUCACCUGGUUACAGCCAAGCACGCGAAACGCAUAUCGGUGGCGAUAUUGCACAACGAGACACGGCGUUGAUACACCGUGAUGUUAUUCACGCGUCGAAACGUCGCGAUUGUUGUGCUAUUGCAAUAUUAUGUUGAACGCGGAAAUUUUUGGGCCCCAUUGAUCCAGGUGGAUAUUAUGGUUUCAUGGUUGUAGUACUAGGGAUGGUUCUGUGUGUUGUAAUUUUAAAAGAACCACUUGAUAGGCUAUUGCUACAAGUUUAACAUUUUAUACCAAUCCUUGUAUUCGAGUGUACUUAACUCAAUAAUAUUGUAGAUUUGUCAAAAGAAAAUAAAUUAUGUUCAUUAGCAAUA